AUGGCAUCGCGUAGCUCUGUGGUGGCCCUGGGGCUUGGUUCCCAGCCCAGCUGUAGCCCCGCGCUGCCAGCGCAGAGGAAAUCCCGCCCAGAGCUGCCCCUCUUCCCGCCCCGCAGCCGCUCGCUCGCCCUGUUUGGCCAUGAGGACCUCGUGGAGAGCUUCAGUGGGAGCUUCUGCAAUGUGCCCAGUUCUCUGGGGCCUGAUCUGUUUGACUGCAGCUACUCCAUCCCCGACCCGCAGCUGGUCAGGAGAAUAGUGUCCCAGGUGGAAUUUUACCUCUCAGAUGAAAACCUGGCCAAAGAUGCCUUCCUCUUGAAACAUGUCCAGAAGAACAAGAUGGGCUUCGUCAGCAUCAAAUUGCUGACGUCCUUCAAGAAGGUGAAAUACCUUACGCGGGACUGGCGGCUUACGCUCUAUGCCCUGCAGUUCUCGGAGCUGCUGGAGGUGAAUGAGGAAGGGACCAAGGUGAGACGGAGGAUCCCAAUUCCUGAAUCGCUGCUGAGCAGCCCACCCAGCAAGCUGCUCUUGGCCUGGGAUCUCCUGCCACACGAGCAGAGUGUGUUGCCGCCGCUCCAGAAGAACUUCAUUGAGACCAUCACGAGGAUGUUCAGCCCAUUCGGUGCCAUCGCCUCCAUCCGCAUCCUGCGGCCUGGGAGGAAGCCGCCCUCGGAUGUGAGGAAAUACACGGCCCGCUACCCCGAGCUCCUGACCAAGUGCUGUGCCCUGGUGGAGUACGAAAGCCUGGAGAGCGCCCGGAAAGCCUUUGAAGACCUGAACCACCAGAUGCAGGGCUCCUUGGGGAGGGAAAGCAUCAAGGUGGUCCACCUCUCUGGAAAGGGCUGCAAGAAGAAAAGCAGGGCUGAGAGGGAGGCGAUGGAGAAUGAGGAGCUCGCAGAUAAGCUGGGCUGGAAGCAGCAGGCGGUCACGCUCCCCGAGAAGUUUCCGUAUGGCCUUGGCGAGUCCCUGCUCUACAGCUCUUCGGAGUCGAACGGCAUGCCAGAGUCCCCGCCGCUGCCCGUGCACAAGCUCUUCUCCUCUCCAACUUGGCCCAGCAGCUCCAGCUUCAAACCCUGCUCCUACCUGAGCCCAUACUCCAGCUCCCUCCUGGCCAGUAAAAUCUUCCCUCCCCUGGCCACCGAGCUGGGGAACGGAGGCGCCUAUGGCCUGAGCUCCAGCCCGGAGACACAGAGCUUUGCCGACCAUGGCUGGGAGAGCAGCCUGGCCCUGGGCAGCGCGUGGGCCCCGUGGAGAUGUGGCCUGACCUCCAGCCCUCCUCUGGACCCCAAACCUCCACCCUGCCCUUCUCCGGUGAGCAAGAAGGUGCCUGACUCCUUCAGCCUCCGAGCUGGUGUGAUCCGCCUGCCGCAUGGGCCUGAUGGCACCAAGGGCUUCAACAGCAUUGGGAGAGGGAAACUCGUCCUUGGGCACUAG